UACAUUUACAGCGGCAGCUGUGGUGGUGGGAGUGGGACUGGUGGUGAGAAAGGGAGAAAGUAAGCACCAGAGAAGAAAGCGAGAAAAAUGGGGAGAAAGAAGGGCGUGGAUUUCGAUGAGUUGCCGCCGGACGACUUCGAUCCCUCGAACCCGUACAAUGACCCGGUGGCGAUGCUUGAGAUGAGGGAGCACAUAGUGCGGGAGAAGUGGAUCCAGAUCGAGAAGGCGAAGAUCAUCAGGGAGAAGCUCAAGUGGUGCUACCGCGUCGAAGGCAUCAACCAUCUCCAGAAGUGCCGCCACCUCGUCCAACAGUACCUCGACGCCACUCGCGGCAUCGGCUGGGGCAAGGACGGUCGCCAUCCCUCCCUCCACGGUCCUAAGGUCGAGGCAGUUGAAUCUGACUGAUUCACAGCAUAAAUAAGUUAAGGGAACUCAACCCGGUCGUUAGGUGUUUGGUGAAAUGCUCAAACAAGACGGAAGCGGGGGGCCAGCCAAUGUAACAGUUUGGGGUUGUAAUGUGGUUCUUUGGUUUUAUUUGGACUCCCAUCAUCCAAACAUGGUAUCUCUUUUCUUUCGAUAUGUGCAGAAGCCAUUGUUAUUGCUUCAGAUUUCAUCUUAGAUUUUAUUUCCUAACAGCAUCCAAAAAAUGGCAGUGAAUGAAAAUGAAUCAGAUGAUUAAAUAAAUUUGCUGUUCCCGCUUGGUUUUCC